CCAUACUCUGUUUGGGAUUUCUUAUCUACGUACCCUUUUGUCGCCGAUUUGCACAGCAGACCAUAGCAUUGCUUCUUGGGUACACAGCCUUUCGUCGCCGAUUUGCACAACAAACUUUUCCAUAUAUGGAUCCUGGCUCCCGGGGAACAGCAAAGGGUGAGCAGGGGGACGUGAAGAUGAUCGAUCGGGAGGGAGGGGGCGAAAUCUGCCCCCCGGAAGGGAGGGGGGAGCAGAGAAGACCAUCGAGAUUGGAACAGCUGGAAAGGGAGCAGCGGGCGAUCUUGGGAAGUAAGGAGGAAGGGAGGUGUCGGGAAGGGCUGGAAGGCGGGGGGGGAGGGUCGGGGGAAAGGAAAUCUGGGCCACGAGGAGGCCAGCAGACAAAGGAAGAGGUGCUGAAGGGAGAGAGAGCGGAGCGAGAGGGGCCGCAGCAGAGAGGGGGGGGAGGAGAGGAGGGGAUAAGACAUGAGAAAGGGGAGGAGACGGGGGAAAGCAACAGGAGGGAGGUAAGUAGGGAGGGGGAGGAGGAGGGAACAGAGAAAGGGCGACAUGAAGAAGGGAGGGAAGAGGAGGAGGCGGAUAAACAGGGGCAGUCACCACGGGAAACCCUAUUGAUUGGAGGGAUGAAACGGAGACCACAGGGAACGAAAAGACCAAGACUGAGACGAAAGAGCAGACAACGAGAGGGGAAGGUGGGGAAUGGAAGAAAAGGGAAACAAGUGGUGAUGUCCUCCUCCGAACACAGCCCGUCCCCGAAGAGGUGCAGAGAAGAGACGGAGAAGGGAGUGCUGCCAUUACCCACGGAGGGGGAGCUGCAGGAGAUUUUUGGGGAGAGCCGAUCGAUCUUAGGUGUACCAAGGAGACGAGGAACCAGGGAGAAGGGAUCUCACCAGGGGUACAAAACGGGGAGAUUUGAGGGAGAGGAGUCAACCGAACUACAGGAAAUGGAGGAAAAGAGGGGGGGGAGCGGAACAGUGGAGGAUGCAGCGGCUGGAGCGGCGGAGCCCACUGAGACAGAUGAAAGAUCGUUGGAAUACCUGGGGGAAGACCCAGGGGGGGGGACAAAGGGGAUGGAACAGGAAGCAGCGUGGGGAUCAGGAGGGGAACCGGGUCAGGAGGGAACAGCCGAGUUGAAGAAGUGGGGGAGGGGUCGAGAAGAGAUGCCAGGAGCGAGACGGGCUGUUGGGGAGGAGGGGGUGGCGAGAGGAACAGACUGGCGGGCACACACAAUGACACCCCAGCAGGGGUGAUGGACCAAGAGGUGCGAAGAGGGGGAAGAGAGCGAUCAGCAACAGCCUCACAGAGGGAUGCAGGCUCGACGGCGGGCCGGCGACAGUCAGAUCAAGCAAGCCAGCAGCGAUACCCGAACAGGCGCUCGAGAAGAUCCAGAGUGUCGGUUAGUGUGACAUCCGCGGGGGAGUCGGCGCGAAGAAAUGGAGGAGCAAGGGGGAGAGGUCGUGGGUGAGGGGGGGAGGGGACGAGGAUAGCCGGAGCAAGGGUUGUGGGCUCUCUGGGAGAAGAGAGAGGAGGGGGGGGGGGGGGAAAUCACCGUCGUACCAGUUACAACUAGAUAGCGAGAGGGUAGGGUAGAUAUGGUAGUGGAAAAGUCAUUUAGGGUGGCUUCGGUGAACGUCGGCGGAUUGAGGGAGAGAUCAAUUAGAUGGAAGACUAGACAACUUAGACAAAUUGUGGAUAGGGAAAAAAUACAUGUAUUAUGUAUACAGGAAACAAAGCUCAAAGAAGAGC